AUGCUGCCUUCGAGUGGACACAAGCCGUUUGUGCCGCCACGGCUAGCUGAGGAAGACGAGUCGAAGAUGACAGACCUUACGGAGCCAACGAGCCCACCCAGAGUGAACCAGCUGUCCUCAGACUCCAACAGCAUAGUGUCUCCUCUUCGCCGCCUUGCGCGGGUCGCAGAAACCCAAGCGCAGUGCGACUUGGAUGAGGUUGUGCUUGCGGGCAAGAGCAUGGAUGCCAGAGUUGAAACGGCAAAUCUUGCUGCUUCCUGCGUCUCUGCGUUGAAGGCAUGCCAAGGCGUGGAAGAGAAACCGGACACGAUGGCAAUCGAAAUCAAUGAGAACAGCACGUUUGCUUGGCUUUAUUUGCUUCUCAUGGUGGUUUACAAGAAUAGCUUGCGGCAACAGACAUCUCCGCAGACCGUUCAGGAGAAGUACACGCAAGCGCGGUCAGAUUAUACCGGUGCGGCAGAUGAUUGUGGUUCUCUUGGAGUCUACUUGAAGUCUAUUUGGCCUGAGCAGCAUGAACUUUGGCCAAUCCUAUCAAUGCAGAAAUCACUCGAUCGCGUCUAUGAGCUUGCGGGUGAAGACGCGCAAAUCGACAUCGAUGUGCUAGGAAGCCAUCUUCAAGAUGCUAAAGCGCCUGGAAUUUGCGAUGAAUGA